UCCCCCGUCCGGACCGACCGGACCGCGGGGCGCAGCGGGCCUCCCUUCCGCGGGACCGGACGACCGAGCGCAGCGCAGCCACGUGGGCCGCAGGCGGGGCUGGAGGCCGGCGGGCGAGGGGCGCGGGCGCAGAGCCGUGAGUGCAUCCGCGCGGACCCAGCGGUGCCGAGGCCUGUGGAGCCUUAACCUCAUUCCUUGUUUCGGCUCCGAUGGGUGAUCAGAGCGGCUCCGGCCGGUGUAACACGAGCCACUGUGGCAGGGCAUGUUUCUAGGAGCCCCGUGAGCGCGUGCAGAGAGAAGCAGGAAACCUUACAGACACAUGAAGCCUUCAACCAUCUGGAACUCAGAAACUCGACUGGGACUGACUGUGGCUUCUAGACCGUCCAGGUGUUCUGCAGAUGUGAAAACUUAUCCCGCACUUGCCAGCUGGAGCCCCGAGUAGAUGCAAGGCUCGAGCUCCGGCUCUCACAUCUCUGGGCACAGAGGGGUCAUCUCCUAAGUGGCCAGGGAGCAGUUGUUGACACUGAGGUCUGAUUGCUGCACACGACCCGUCACCUUACGGGGCUGCGCUGGAGAAAGUCAAGUUCAGGGUCGUGAGUUUCCCGACUCUCGUGAAUUAGGAUUCCAGACGCGGGCCUCAUUUCUGUAGCGCCCACCAUCCCUGUAGGCAUCACCACCACCACCAUCACCACGAGCAUCUUCUUGGAAACUCCACCACUGCAUCACUGCACACAGUUGGAAACCUCCCCUGAUCGCCAUGGCCUGCCCUUUCCUAAAGGUUCUGUUGGUGGGGGUGAGUUUCCUGGGAUGUCUUUAUCCUCUCGUGGAUUUUAGCUUCAGUGGGGAAACAAGAGAACAGAAACCGAAUUUCGUGAUCAUUUUGGCAGAUGACAUGGGGUGGGGUGACCUGGGAGCAAACUGGGCAGAAACGAAGGACACUGCCAACCUUGAUAAGAUGGCUGCAGAAGGAAUGAGGUUUGUGGACUUCCACGCGGCUGCGUCCACCUGCUCGCCCUCCCGGGCCGCCCUGCUCACCGGCCGGCUUGGCCUCCGCAACGGAGUCCCUCACAACUUUGCGGUCACCUCUGUGGGGGGCCUUCCACUCAACGAGACCACCUUGGCCGAAGUGCUGCAGCGGGCUGGCUACGUCACCGGGCUGAUUGGCAAGUGGCAUCUUGGACACCAUGGCUCUUAUCACCCCAACUUCCGUGGGUUUGAUUACUACUUUGGGAUCCCGUACAGCCAUGACAUGGGCUGCACUGAUACCCCCGGCUACAACCACCCCCCUUGCCCGGCAUGUCCACGGGGCGGUAGACCGUCAAGGAACCCUGAGAAGGACUGUCACUCGGACGUGGCCCUUCCUCUCUAUGAGAACCUCAGCAUCGUGGAGCAGCCCGUGAACUUGAGCGGCCUCGCACAGAAGUAUGCCGAGAAGGCCACCCAGUUCAUCCAGCGGGCGAGUGCCAGCGGAAGACCCUUCCUGCUCUACGUGGGCCUGGCCCACAUGCACGUGCCCCUGUCCAGGACCCUGCUGUCAGCAGAACCCGGGGGUCGAAGGCCGUACAGCGCGGCUCUCCGGGAGAUGGACAGCCUCGUGGGCCAGAUCAAGGACAAAGUUGACCUCACAGCUAAAAACAACACAUUCCUUUGGUUUACAGGAGACAAUGGCCCGUGGGCUCAGAAGUGUGAGCUGGCAGGGAGCAUGGGGCCCUUCACUGGAUCAUGGCAGACUCGUCAAGGGGGAAGUCCAGCCAAGCAGACCACCUGGGAAGGAGGACACCGUGUCCCAGCUCUGGCUUACUGGCCCGGCAGGGUCCCCGUCAACGUCACCAGCACUGCUUUGCUAAGCGUGCUGGACAUCUUCCCCACCGUGGUGGCCCUGGCUGGGGCCAGCCUGCCCCAAGGCCGACACUUUGACGGUCUGGAUGCCUCGGAGGUGCUGUUCGGCAGGGCGCAGGCUGGGCACAGGGUGCUGUUUCACCCCAACAGUGGGGCGGCCGGAGAGGAUGGAGCCCUUCAGACUGUCCGCGUGGAGCGGUACAAGGCCUUCUUCGUCACUGGAUUUUCAUCUAAAAGAGGACUCCCACCCCCAUGGGGUUUUUAACUCUUAAACUCAUCUACACUGAGCCUCCCGCCAUUUGUUCACCAUAGUUCGGGAUUUCCUACCAGGGCACUGGUUCCCAGAGGUGUCCGCUUGUGGGUUUCCGCUCUGGUAUGUUGUGCUUCUCUGUAUUCUCACCUGUCUGUCUCCAGUUCGGGGGGCAGAGGUUUGCCCUGUGACCUCAUUUCUCUGAUGGAUCUCAGAAGUCAUUGACUUUGUAGUUUGUUCAGCUUUUUACUUGUUAGGAUGGAGGGCUGACUUCCAGAGCUCCAAAUGCUGGACCAGAGACUAGAAGUUUCCUAUUGAGUGGUUUUUAAGAACUGGACGUUGUGUGUGAUGCACUGUAGAGAUUCUGACUUUCAAUCUGAGGGGUGUUGACUCUGGUUCUCACGGGCAGUUAAUUGCUGCCUAAUCCCCUCAGACUUGAGGAGGCUUGAUUUUAUGCUCUGUCAGAACUGGGCUCUGUUGGAUUUUAUCCUUAAUCUUGGGUAAACGCCUUCAUUCCGGGAUACAGCCUUUACUCCUAGCAUGAACCUUUUGGGACUUCAGUGGAAAAUAUGAAGUGUUGAUCAAGCCUUUCUAACUUAACAGAAUUCACACUCUAAAUUCUGCCUUCCCUGCACUGGGUAGCACGGAAGUGCGUGCUGAGCUCUUCAGACUUGUAGCUGUUGCUAGAAUCUGUGCAUGCCCAGUUCAGGGGUCAGCCAGGGUUCUGAAGGGAGUUUAUCUGCAGAUUUGAAGCCUUCCCCUCUCCAGCUCUCUCCUUCCCAGGACUUUGCCCACCAAUCUGCAUCUGUGGUGGCAGCUCUGAACUCUGUUCCCUGACACCUCAAGCCAAAGCGACCACAGCCCCCUCCUGGGGCUUUAGCUGCUCCACGCUGCUCUGACUGGGUGGGUAGGGGGGUGUCCCCAGGGGAAAACACUUAAACACAGACCCCACCCCGUGCGGCCUCCUGCUUUCAAAAAUCAAGUUCCUUUCUGCCUGCAUGGACGAUUUUCUGGUGCCUUCAAUUGGUUGUUUUUUUCUGUAUGUUGCCUAGAACUUAAAAUUGUCAUCUAUGGGAGAUGAGUUUUAUGUGAGCUACUUCAUUAUUCCCUUAAGCGGAAGCCUUUAAUUUUUAUAAGAGGAGUCAGUCCCCACCUUCGCCUGACUGAUUGCCAAAGCUCGCGUCACCUCUGUUUAUUGGCAAAGAAGAGCCAACUUCACCUCCAAACACUAGGCAACGGCUCUUCCUCUUCGUUGGACAAACUGAAAUCCACCCCAGGAGGAGCAGCAUCAAUGGGGCCUUCCUGAAGGCUGCGCGAUCUACCCAUCCUUCCCUCUCAGUGGUUCACACUUUACGUUUCUGUUCACAUCGGCCCAGAGUGAAAGCUGCGUCCUCCCGUGGUGUGACUGUGGCUCCUUCGUGGAGAUUUGCUUUUACUGAGUUGCACUUGGGCUUCAGGCCCUCAGCUUGUAGCGGAGGGUGGGAUAGAAAGUUGUCAGCUGGACCGGCCUCAUCGCACAGCUGUGCUUUUCAUAAGGAUGCUGUCGAGUGUUCCAUCCUGUGGGAGGAGCCGGUGGAAAAAAUUCUCUCACACCUCAGGGCUCUGCUUCCCCGAGUGGCUGGUAAAUGUCUACCUUGUUCAUGUUUCCCCGCUAAGGACACCAGAGGCAAAGGAAGUGUUCAGGAUUGCCUGUGUGUCCCAGGGCUGUCCUCUGCCUGAAUUCCUUUUGUUGGUAUAAUUAUAUUGUGUUCAUUCCUGUCAGAAGCCCUAACUACUUUUUGUACGGAAAAGGGGGCAAAAAGAAAAAGUCAUCUGAAUCAUUAACGCCAAGGAGGCUGCCGUCGCUCCGAACGUUUCCGUCACCCGUCCUCGGGCAGAUUCUGACUCAGACAAGAAACUGAACUGCAGCCCGAAGUGAAACGACUUCCCUGGCCUCCCUGCCUGAUUUGCCAAACUGAGUGUCCUGUGGACUCAAGACAUCAAUUUUCAAAAGACACAUCACAUGUACUCCCAGAGGGUAGAGGGGAAAGAUACUUGAGUCAGUGUCUUAGUGGCAGGGAGAGCGGUCACUGGAACACUGGAGUCCUGGUAUGUUUGCACUCCCUUGUAAUCCGGUGCUGGGCUUGACGGGGUCUCUGUUGUCACCCGCUCCAGGUGGGGCCAGAGCCUGCGACGGCAGCGUCGGCCCCGAGCGGCACCACGAGCCUCCCCUCAUCUUUAACCUGGAUGACGAUGUCGCAGAAGCCGUGCCCCUGGACCGGGGCAGUGCCGAGUACCAGCGGGUGCUGCCCGAGGUCA